CCUCAUUAUCCCUUUUUCUCCUCUCACAUUUCUCACACAGAAAAUCCACCAACUAUCCUCUCCCUUUCUCCUCCCUCCUUCGAACGAAACCCUAAUAAAAUGCGUGAAAUCCUCCAUAUCCAAGGUGGCCAAUGUGGCAACCAAAUUGGGGCCAAGUUCUGGGAGGUUGUGUGCGCGGAGCACGGGAUCGAUUCCACCGGCGCGUACCAUGGGGAAUCGGAUAUUCAACUUGAGAGGGUAAAUGUCUAUUAUAAUGAGGCGAGUUGUGGGCGUUUUGUACCUCGUGCUGUUCUUAUGGAUUUAGAGCCUGGUACUAUGGACAGUGUUAGAUCUGGGCCUUAUGGUCAGAUUUUUAGGCCUGACAACUUUGUUUUUGGCCAGUCUGGUGCGGGAAAUAAUUGGGCUAAGGGUCAUUACACUGAGGGCGCUGAGUUGAUUGAUUCGGUUCUCGAUGUUGUUCGUAAAGAAGCCGAGAAUUGUGAUUGCCUACAAGUGCCUCAGAUUCCCUGGCCAGCUUAACUCUGAUCUGCGGAAACUUGCUGUGAAUCUCAUUCCUUUCCCCCGUCUUCACUUUUUCAUGGUUGGGUUUGCUCCACUUACCUCACGUGGUUCACAACAAUACCGAGCUUUAUCUGUCCCUGAGCUUACUCAGCAAAUGUGGGAUGCAAAGAACAUGAUGUGUGCUGCUGACCCUAGGCAUGGCCGCUAUUUGACAGCAUCAGCUAUGUUUAGGGGGAAGAUGAGCACCAAGGAAGUUGAUGAGCAGAUGCUUAACGUGCAGAACAAAAAUUCAUCAUACUUUGUUGAGUGGAUCCCCAACAAUGUCAAAUCAACUGUCUGUGAUAUUCCACCAACUGGUCUGAAGAUGGCAUCAACUUUCAUUGGAAACUCAACAUCAAUUCAAGAGAUGUUCCGUCGUGUCAGUGAGCAAUUCACAGCCAUGUUUAGGAGGAAGGCUUUCUUGCACUGGUACACUGGGGAAGGAAUGGAUGAGAUGGAGUUCACUGAGGCAGAGAGUAACAUGAAUGAUCUGGUCUCAGAGUACCAGCAGUACCAAGAUGCAGUAGCAGAUGAGGAUGAAGGAUAUGAGGAUGAAGAGGAAGCAUAUCAUGAAUAGUGUGCUGAUGCCUGGAAAUCUUAUCUUAUAUUUUAAGCAAUAGUUCCUUUCAACUGUGGAUGUAACCUCAACUACCAUACCCAUAGGAGGAGAUUGAACUUUAGUAGUGAAGAGAAAGCGACUAACCUGUAUUUUUGUUGAACUUGUCUCACUAUCCUUUAAUUGCAAAUUGAAUAUUUUGUUGCUUAUGCUAAGAUGUCUGUGAUUGGUUGAUGAUAA